AUGAAGGCCCAUCAGAGUGAUCUGAGGAGGAAAAAGAAGAAGAAGGGUUCGAAGAACAUACCUGAGGCGACGACGGUGGAACCGUGUUAUUUGUCAGAGGCAGAGAAGUCGAGGGAGAGGCAGUGGUCGGAGAAGUGGAUUUCGACGGAGGAGGUGAUGGCAGUAUCGGUGGGGCCGUGGUUGUUUUGGGUGGAGGCGGUGAAGAUGAAAGAGAAGGCGGCGACGGUGGUGGUUGUGACGUCGGUGGCGUAG